GACAGACAACAACAGUCCAAACUGACCAAACUAAAACUCAACAUCCAGCAGACAGUGCUACGCUGGAAAAAGAAGGGAAAAAGGAGAGAAGUUGGAUUAACCCACCGACUUUCAGUUGAAGAGGGGGGAAAAUGAAAAGCCGGGAUCUCUUGCUGUUGGCGUGUUGCUUAUGCAGCCUGAGCACACUGGGAGAUGCCACAGACGAGGAAGAGGCUCUGAUGAGGAAGAUCUUUACCAAUUACAACUUGAAGGUCAGGCCAGCACCCAGUCCUGAAGACAGGGUGGUGGUCCGCGUGGGUAUGAUACUGUCAUCCUUCGUAGGACUGAACAUGAAGAAAGAAGAAAUGAGCACAAUUGUUGUUAUGAAUCUGGAAUGGACGGACUUCCGAUUGUCGUGGAAACCUAAGGACCAUGGUGGAAUCAAGGUGUUGCGUAUCCCUUAUGGGAAGAUUUGGCAGCCUGACAUAGUCCUCAUUAAUAAUAACAAUGGGGUGUUUGACGUGGCCUUGCAUGUCCACGUUCAGGUGUACAGUUCCGGCAAAGUCACCUGGACUCCCCCUGCAUUGUACUGCAGCUCCUGUGCUGUUCAGGUGGAAUAUUUCCCCUUUGACUGGCAGAACUGCACGAUGAAGUUCCGCUCUUACACCUAUGACUCCACAGAGAUCGAACUGCAGUACGCGCUGGAUUCAAAAGGCAAGGAAAUAAAGGAGAUCCAAGUGGACGAGUCUUUUGGUGAGAGCGGCGAGUGGUUCAUCAAACACAAGCCGAGCAGAAAGGUCAUGAGUGACGAUCAGUACGAGGACAUGGUCUUCUACCUGAUCAUCGAGAGGAAGCCUCUGUACUACGUCCUGAACAUCAUCCUCCCCUGUAUUCUCAUCACCAUCAUCGCCAUCUUUAACUUCUACCUGCCUCCUGAUGCAGGUGAAAAGAUGGGCCUGUCCAUCAACGUCCUGCUGACCCUGACUGUCUUCCUGCUGCUGCUGGCUGAUAACAUUCCUGAGACGUCACUGGGCGUCCCCAUCAUUGUCAACUACAUCAUGUUCACCAUGAUCCUGGUCACGUUCUCCGUCAUCCUGAGUGUGGUCGUCCUCAAUCUACAUCACCGCUCCCCCAAAACUCACAUGAUGCCCAUGUGGGUCCGUAAGAUCUUCAUCCACAUGCUUCCUCCUUAUCUCUGCAUGCUGCGGCCUAAAGUGGAAACCCCUCUGUACCUGGAACUCUCGCCCCGAAAAGAGAAAUACAAGAUCUGCAUCAAUAAAGCAGCGGACGAAUACUUCAUCCGCAAACCAGACACCUCCAUCCUCUUCCCGCGACCUAACAGGUUUCAGCCCGAGGGCAUGUGCACGGACCUCAGGAAAUUCAUUGACGGCCCCAGUAGCUAUCUUUCGUUACCUGAUGAUCUGAAGUCAGCCAUAGAAGCCAUUACGUAUAUCGCAGAAGCCCUGCAGGCCGAGAAGGACUAUGAAGCUCUGAAGGAGGACUGGCAGUACGUGGCUAUGGUGGUGGACCGCAUGUUCCUCUGGAUCUUUGUCGUCUUCACCACUGUGGGAACCUUGGCCAUCUUCGCCACUGCCCGUUUUAACCACACGCCCACUAACCCGUUUAAACCGAUGUAAGGCAUUUUUCUGCCAGCGAUUUUCUGUGUGUGGUUCACCAUUGGACCAUUGUGCCUCGGAACCUCAUAUUUCUGCCACUAUCAAUUUAAAUACAGCCUGAACGAUAGAGACGAUACUGGCAACAUUCUGUAUCAAUGUCAACAACCAUUUAUACACACUCAAAAGAUUAUUCUCAAAUCAAACAAGGCCAUCGACCAUACACUUCCUUUACAUUAGUGUCUCACCAUCUGACUGUAAUUGUCCAUAUUCGCCCGGCUGUCUUUGUUUUCAAGUGUAAACAUUGUGGAAAUGCAACCCUGGCUCCUGUCGCACGAUAUCAGCUGUCAAUCCCACUGUUGUUCACUCAUAUGUGCCAAGCUCUGUCGCCUAUUUCCCUCUGAAUAAGAAUAUAACUUACAAAAUUCACAUCACGCUUGACUGAAAGUAGUGACUGAGACCAUGAACGCUUCAGGAAAAAGUUUACCGACGCUAUAAAUCAACCGAGAAGUUGGACGAUUUUCCAUUCAGAGUAAACACGCACUGGUAUGACGGCACUUGAAGGUGACACGGUGCAUUUGUGUAUUACCAUGUUUAACCUUGUGCUCGCAACAAACGGAGCGUGUCACUGAAAUGAAUGUCUUGACCGUCUGCAGGUACGAUUCUCAAGAUUUGCACCCAAGUUAAAGGACAUGCACAUUUAUUAUAUGUAUUUUUGAGAAUGGCGUGAAAUUAUCUUGAAAUUCAUAGGAUAAGACAACUUAUCAUGAGGCUUCUCGGCGCUCACAGAUUCGUCAACUGCAGUAUUGGACACUCUGAAAUGCACCGAAACAGGAACAGGAACAUACAAAGGUGUCGAUGAUUGUAUGAAAUAUAACUAACCAGCCGAUGUUACAGUGGCUGCCAUGUCUCUUAAUUUACCCGGUGUGUUUUUUAGUAUAUAGUUACUGUGAGACUCUCGGUUGGAAGAGUGUAGAUCCAGUGUUUGAUACUCAUAUGUGGUGUUAACACAUAAACACCAGGUCGAACCAGAUGCUAUAAUGAGCAGGCUGUAUGCCUUUCAUUUCCCUCUGUCAGAAUGUGCUGGAGCGUGGCACAUGCUUUGUGGAUAUUUUUGCAACCAUGCUAAUCCUCUUUGUAUUUUGGGCACCGGUGUAUGUGUGCGGAGUGCAGAGCAGCACGCCAACACAAAUCAACAGUUGCACCAACAGACGACAGACCUUUCAAGUUUGUUUUUUUCCCCCGCUCUCCUGGAGACGCACACACCACCUGCCCUUUUAAUUUUGCGUUUUCGGUUGUUGUUGUUGUUGGUUUUUUUUAAAUAAAGCUCUGAGAGACAAAUUUUAAAAGCUCCAUCUGUUGAUGCCGUGAGAGUUGUGACCCCUUACUCCAUCGCCUGCCCUCUCUGCUAUUAUUAACAGUCCCCACACCGGGACUGCUUACUGGACACUGGCGCAUGGGCUUCCCUGAUAUUUCCCUGUGUGGAUACACUCAUGCAUGCAUGCAGUGUGUGUCAGCUGAGGAAUUUGAAGACUGAGAGUCUCAGUCGCUCAGUGUGGAGAUGGUGCUGAUAGUGCUUCAGUGUAACAGACUGCGUGUCAAUGUCGCACUCCCAUUACUUUCAUUUCUAUCCACAUCUUAUUAUCUCUCUCUCGUUGACCUUGCAUGUAACUGUAGGGUCGAGAAGACAGGCUGCUCAACAGAUGCAUGAAAACACCAAGGGGCCCUUCCGACUGAUGUAUUUAUACUGGGAGUGGCGUGGGGCGGCAUGCAGGAGGGCAAGUGCGAGACAUUAUUCUCCUCUCAACUCUCAGCGUAGCUCUGAUUUAUGGCCUGUUUGUGUUUCUGCACUGGAGACCCUGACCAGAAUGAGGGAGGGCA